AUGGAGUCGCUGCUGCCUGCGUCGCGGGAUCUCGCUGCUCUCUGUGUCGCUGCCUCCAGGGUGGCUCUCCUUGAUGACGUGCUGAAGCCUGCAGCUGCAAAGCUCCACGGAGUCUCUACGGAGGAUGCAGAUCAUCACGAAAAUCACGAGUACCGUCAUCGACCAAAAGAAGAUCUCCCAACACCCAGUGCUCAAACCCUAGCUACCAGCCAACCACCCAAUGGCGACGCCGGCGUGCCGGAAUGCCGUGUCCUACUCCUCGGCCCACCAGCGGAGAGCCUCCGCGCCGCGGCAGCGAGUGCGGCGGCGGUGGCGGCGAAGGCGGCCGCAGCCAUACCCACCACCGGCGACGCGUUCCUGGACCUGAUGGACGCCGAGUUCAACAAGCCGACUCCGAAGCCGACGCCCGCGCCGAAGAAGGCGCGCACGGAGAACGCGUCGCCAACGUUCGUCUCCUCGGGGGACCCCUGCCUCGACUUCUUCUUCCACGUCGUCCCGGGCACUCCGGCCGCGUCCGUCGCCUCGCUCCUCGCCGACGCGUGGGCUGCCGAGCCCAACACGGCGCUCCGCCUCGCGUGCAACCUCCGCGGCGUGCGCGGCACCGGCAAGUCGGACCGCGAGGGGUUCUACGCCUCGGCGCUCUGGAUGCACGGCUGCCACCCCACGACGCUCGCCCACAACGCGGGCCCCGUCGCCGAGUUCGGCUACCUCAAGGACCUCCCCGAGAUGCUGCACCGCAUCAUCCACGGUGGUGUCUCCACGAGGACCCCCGGGAAGAAGGCCCAGAGGAGGCCACGGCGCAAGGGGAACGCGCCACGCGGCGCCGAGACAAGGGAGGCGCGCAUCGCUGCCGCCAACGAGCGCGACCGCAAGCUUUCAGCCGACGCGGCCGUUGAGCACAGGAAGAGGCGCGCGGAGCCGCGGCAAGAGCCGUCGACCGGUACGCCCGUGACCCCAAGUACCGGCUCCUGCACGUACGACUGCACGGCGGAUCUGUUCGCCAAGCUCCUCGCCGAGGACUUGAAGAAGCUCGCCGACGGCAAGCUCAGCGACAUCUCGCUUGCCGCGAAGUGGUGCCCGUCGCUAGAUAGCUGCUACGACCGCUCCACGCUCCUCUGCGAGGCCAUCGCGCGCCGCCUCUUCCCCAAGGGUUCGGCGCCUGACCUCCCCGAGGACUUGGAGGACGCGUACUACGCCUACCGAGAGCGCUUCGAGAGCUACCUCGCCGACGUCAAGUCCGGCAAGGCGAAGAUCGCGGCGGGCGCCCUCCUACCCCACGAGAUCCUGGUGUCCAUCGACAGCGACGGCGUCGCCGACCUGCAGUGGGAGCGCAUGGUCACCGACCUGUGGGCGCUUGGCAAGCUCAACAAUUGCAUCGCCGUGUGCGACGUGUCGGGCAGCAUGGACGGCCUCCCCAUGGACGUCUGCGUCUCGCUCGGCCUCCUCGUCACCGAGCUCAGCAGCGAGCCGUGGCACCACCGCGUCAUCACCUUCAGCUCGCGGCCUCAGCUGCACCAGAUCCCUGACGGGACCCUGAUGGAGAAGACCAACUUCAUCCGUCGCAUGGAGUGGAACAUGAACACAGACUUCCAGGCCGUGUUCGACAAGCUCCUCCACAUUGUGGUCGCUGGCAAGCUUACCCCGGAGCAGAUGGUGAAGAGGGUCUUCGUGUUCAGCGACAUGGAGUUCGACAUCGCAUCGUCGAGGCCGUGGGAGACAGACUACGAGGCGAUCACGAGGAAGUUCACGGAGGCCGGGUACGGUGCGGUGGUGCCGGAGGUUGUCUUCUGGAACCUGAGGGACUCCGAUUCUGUGCCUGUGACAGCAUUGCAGAAGGGGGUGGCGCUGGUGAGCGGCUUCUCCAAGAACAUGGUGAAGUUGUUCCUUGAUGGCGACGGAAUCGUGACGCCGAGGGACAUCAUGGACAAGGCCAUCUCCGGGCCGGAGUACCAGAAGCUCGUCGUCUUUGAUUGA